ACUCGUUUCGUGAUUCGUCGAUGACAAAUGUGCUGAUCUGCUGCGACGAUUUUAAUUCAACACUAAGAAAUGUAUAAAUUUCCUUAAAAUAAAUCACUAAUGGCAGAUUUCAACCCCCAUUUCGCCAAUUCGGGCGAAGAUUUCAAUAUAAACGAACUAAGCGGGAUCGAUGAUAUUUUAUCGACGUGCGAAAAGGAUUUAAUGCAAGGGGAACUCUUCGAGGAUGAAACGUUUUUGAGUCAAUUAGAUCCUUUGGUAACUGCGAAUGAUUUAUCGUUUGAUCUUUCUUUGGAUCCACAAACUUUAUCGCCACCGUUAGAGCAUAAUGUGUAUAACUCGAUGCAAGUUGAUCGGUUAUUCAAUGGAAAUAGCGGGUUAACAUUGAAUGAAUUGCAAGGGCAAACCCCGUUGCAGCUGAAUCAAAAUCGUGUGGCUAACAUUCAACCAUCACAACAAACCGUGUUGAUUUCUAACGUGAAUCAACAUCCAUCAAUGGUUUGUUCUAAUUUACCCCAACAACAAAUAAUUGUUCAAUCUAAUCCUGUUCAAAUAACUUCACCACCUCAAAAAAUCCCAAAAACUCAACAACAACAACAGCAACAACACGUUGUUGUCCAAAAUAUUAGCCAAAUCCCUCCCAAUCAACUCCAACAAUUAUUACUUCAAACCAAAGUUCUUAAAUCUGACCAACCAUCAACUCAACAAACAACAUUUAUGUAUACAACAGCCCCUUUAACGACUGUUACUACAUCGAAUACACAAAAUAAUCAAUCUCAAUUACAUACUUUGGUUAAUGGGGGACAAAUAUUGGCCGCUGGAAUCCCGGUUGUUAUUGAUUCGGAGAAUAAAGUUGCUAUUAAUCGAAUUGCAACUCCUCAACAACAGGUUAAAGAACCAAAAGUAAAAGAGGUGAAGAGAAGUGCUCAUAAUGCUAUUGAGAGGAAAUACAGGACCAGUAUUAAUGAUAAAAUCGUGGAGUUAAAAAAUAUGAUUGUUGGUGUUGAUGCUAAGCUUAAUAAAUCAGCAAUUUUACGUAAAACAAUCGAAUACAUCCGUUUCCUCCAAAACUCCAACGCUAAAUUAAAACAAGAAAACAUGGCUUUGAAAAUGGCAGCACGUAAAAACACGCUAAAAGAUCUCCUUUCGCCAACGAAAAUCGAAGAAAUCCCGCCGGAUUAUUUCCCGGAUUGCACCCCACCCCCUUCAGAUGUUUCAAAUUUAUCUCCCGUCCAUUCAAUCCCAUCAAGCCCCGAAUAUCAAUCUCAAGUAAAAGAAGAACGCGACGAAGACAUGUCCCCAAAAGGUGGGAUGUUGGAUCAUUCAAAAUUUAUUUUAUGUAUGUUUAUGUUCGUUGUUGUUGCGUUUAAUCCAUUCGGCGUUGCUUUUAAUAAAUUGGGGCAAUUCGAGGAACUUGGAUUUGAUGGAAAAAGAAAACUAUUGUUUAAAGAUGAUGGUUCUUCAUGGAGUUACCCAAGUUUCAUUUUAUGGGGAGUUAAUUUCUUAAUUUUGGGACUAUGUUUGAUAAAAAUGUUCGUUUAUGGAGACCCAAUUCUUCCAAGUAAGUCGAAAGAUUCCCAAAAUUUCUGGAGACAUCGCCGCCAAGCGGAUAUUUAUCUAUCAAACGGUGAUAUUUCCGGGGCUAAAUUAGAAUUGAAACGUUGCUUACAAACUUUUGGAACACAACUACCAAGUACUCGAUUUGAACGAUUAACCUCGCUUUGUUGGCAAUUAAUUCGUCAAUGUUUUCAUCGAAUUUGGAUUGGAAAAUGGUUAUCAAGGCAUUCAGGUGGCUUCUUUUCCGAUGGAAUCGUUCGUUUUGAAGCGUUAACAUCUUGCAGAGAAUUAGCUUUGGUUUAUCAUGGUUUAAAUCAGCUUUAUUUGAUUGAAAAUAAAGAUCAAGAAGGUGGUCAUUCUUUGGGGUUAAUACUGGCUUUAAACGCUACAAAUUUAGCAGAGGCCGCUGGAAACAAAAUAACCCAUUCGCAAAUCGUCGAUAUCUACGUUGCAAUGACCUUGAGAAUCAAAUCGAGUUGUUAUCAAUUUUUACAAAGCCUUUUACAACGAUAUUAUAUGGGUUUGGCAAAACAUGCGUGUGUUAAUUCUUGUGAUGCAAUCCCUUCGAGGUUACAAUGGCUUUUUACACCGUUUGGGUAUAAAUAUUUUAUUGGAUGGAAAUUCAAAUUUGAUCUUAAACCUGAGGAAGGAUUGUGUUUUGGAACAUUGGGAAAUCGAGCUGAUCCAAUGGCUUAUGUGAUGAAGGAUUAUAGGGAGUAUUUAAUAGGGAAAGCUUUGCAAACUUUGGUUGCACCAGGAAGUAAAAUUAAAGAAGAUGAUUCAAUGAAAAAAACUCAUACUUCUGACGUUUUAAAUUAUAUUCAAUUAUUGUUUGAUAAUGUUGCAAAAGAUGUUUCAAGUGUUUUUGGAUCGGAUGUUUUACACAAAUAUGAUGAUGAAAUAGCUCAUUGGUGGACAAAUGUAGUCGCUGUGGGUUCAUAUUGGUUAUUAGCCGAAUAUUCAAACGCCGAAAGAUUAUAUUCUAAAGUGGAAAAUAUUCCUGAGUCUUUAUUAAAUUUGAACGAUCCUCUCCCAAGAGCAAUAUUAGAAGCUUUUCGGUCCCAAAAGAUGCUUUUUAAUAAAGACCCACAAAGCAGAAAUUCUGUACUUCAACAAUGCGCGAUUGCUUCGCAAUUAAUUGAAGAAAGUAUCACUUAUGGAAAUUGUAAACCACAAACUAGUAAAGCUUUAUACGCCCAACUUUUGGUUUGUGACUGGAUUUUAGAAACUCGGACGUCGUUUUGGGAAGACAUGAAAGAAGUUGAUAAACAAAAUGUUUCAGUUUCAAACUCAAUUUUAUUAUCUUUCCAAAGAGAUGUUACAAGUUUAAAAAAUUUAACUCAACAUAUACCGUCUGCAAUUUCAAGAGUGUUUCUGUAUGAAGCAACCUCAAGAUUAAUGGCGGGAGCAGCACCAGGAAGAACCCAACAACUUCUAGAUAAAAGUUUAAGACAUCGACAUGCAAAACCUUCAAUUAUUUGUGGGAAAGAUAAAAACCAUCAAGAUUUAGGUGGAGAAAGGCAACAUGCCACAGCUUUAUAUUUGGCAUGUAGGCAUUUACCAGGGCAGUUAUUGUCAUCGCCUGGUGAAAAAGCAGGGAUGUUAGCAGAAGCUGCAAAAACGUUGGAGAGAAUUGGUGAUAAAAAGAAGUUGCAGGAUUGUUAUAAAUUGAUGAAAACGCUUGGACCGAAUUCGGUUACUAAUUAGUAAGAAUUAAGGUAGGAUUUUUUUUGAUUAAUUUAUUUUAAGAUUUGUUUUUAUAAAUUGUACAUAAUAUUUUUAUUAAUAAUAAAA